GCGCAAGCCUCUGGUUCAGCUUCUCCCGCCCUUCAGCAUCAAAACCGAGAAUCGAAACUGCACUGGAUUCCAUGCAGCAGGAGGCUAAACCCGCCGGAUCUCCGGGGCCCCAGCAGGACCCCGCACUGCCCCACGCCCCCACCAUGCCUCUCCCGGAGUCCCUCUCCGAAGGCCACGAGCCCAGCCACAGCCCCACAGAGCAAGCCACGGAGGAAGAGUUCCAGUUCUUGCACUGCCAGGGCUGCCGGGCAGAAGCCAAGUGCCCCAAGCUGCUGCCUUGUCUGCACACGCUGUGUUCAGGAUGCCUGGAGGAGCCAGGCAGGCAGUGCCCCAUCUGCCAGGCGCCCUGGCCCCCAGGCCCUGAUGCGCAGGCCUUGGACAACGUCUUCUUCGAAAGCUUGCAGCGGCGCCUGCAUGUGUACCGGCAAAUCGUGGACGCGCAGGCUCUUUGCACCCGCUGCAAAGAGCCGGCCGACUACUGGUGCUUCGAGUGCGAGCAGCUCCUCUGUGCCAAGUGCAUCGAGGCGCACCAGUGGUUCCUCAAGCACGAGGCCCGGCCACUGGCGGAACUCCGCAGCCAGUCGGCGCGGGAGUUUCUGGAUGGCACGCGCAAGUCCAACAACAUCUUCUGUUCCAACCCUAACCACCGCGACCCUAUGCUGACCAGCAUCUACUGCCGAGGCUGCUCCAAGCCGCUGUGCUGCUCGUGUGCGCUCCUGGAUAGGGGCCACAGCGAGCUCAAGUGCGACAUCAGGACGGAGAUCCAGCAGCGGCAGGAGGAGCUGGACGUCAUGACCCAGGACCUGAAGGAGCAGGACCGCGCCUUUGGCGCGGCGCAGGCGCAAAUGACCUCGGCCAUCAGCCAGCUGGGCCGCGUGCGCGCGGACAUCGAGGAGCUGAUCCGCGCGCGCGUGCGCCAGGUGGUGGAGCACGUGCUGGAGCUGGAGCGUCAACUGCUGGAGGGGGUGAAUGCACGGUACCAGCGUGAUUACGAAGAGAUAGCAGGCCAACUGGGCCGCCUGGAUGCUGUGCUGCAGCGCAUCCGUACGGGCAGCAUGCUUGUGCAGAGGAUGAAGCUCUAUGCUUCCGACCAGGAGGUGCUGGACAUGCACGGCUUCCUGCGUGAGGCACUCCACCAGCUGCGCCAGGAGGAGCCCCAGAGCCUGCGAGCUGCUGUGCGCACGGACAGCUUCGACGAAUUCAAGGUGCGCCUGCAGGAUCUCGCCUCUUGUAUCACCCAGGGCACAGAUGCAGCUGUUAACAGGAGAGCCAGCCCAGAAGCUGCCCGCACUCCCAGAGACACUUUUGACGUUGACCUGCCAGAGGAGGCACAGAGGGCCCAGGUGCAGGCCCCAGGAUUGACUGUGGUACAGCCGGUGCCAGGGGCACACCCUGUGCCAGUGUACGCCUACUCCAUCAAAGACCCCUCCUGCAGAGAGGAGGUCUCCAACACAGCCACACCACAGAAGAGGAAGUCCUGCCAGACUGAGUGCCCCAGGAAGGUCAUCAAGAUGGAGUCUGAGGAGGAGAAAGAGUCAAGGUUGGCUCGGAGCUCCCCUGAGCAGCCCAGGCCCAGCACCUCCAAGGCAGUCUCGCCACCCCGCCUGGACAGGUCCCCCAGCCCUAAGACCCCCGUCAUAGGAAAUGAGACCUUCCUGCCUGACAGCAACCAUGCGACCAGCGACCCUGGGGAGGCAGAGGAGCGUGUCGUGGUGAUCAGCAGCUCGGAAGACUCAGAUGCCGAAAACUCGUCCUCCCGAGAGCUGGCCGACAGCAGCGGCGAGUCCAGUGACCUCCAGCUGGAGGGCCCCACAUCCCUUGGGGUCCUGGACAAGAGCCUUGAGGACUCCCGAGCAGAAGACAGGCCCCUGGUUUUCUUUGACCUCAAGAUUGACAAUGAAACCCAGAAGAUUAGCCAGCUGGCAGCCGUGAACCAGGAGAGCCAGUUCCGCGUGAUCAUCCAGCCCGAGGCCUUCAACAUCUACUCCAAGGCCGUCUCCCUGGAGGUGGGGCUGCAGCACUUCCUGUGCUUCCUGGGCAGCAUGCGCCGGCCCAUCCUGGCCUGCUAUAAGCUGUGGGGGCCCGGCCUCCCCAACUUCUUCCAGGCCCUGGAGAACAUGAACAAGCUGGGGGAGUUCCAGAACGCCAUCUCAGGCUUCCUGGCCACCCUGCCCCUCAUCCGGGAGUGCGUGCCCGGGGCCAGCAGCUUCAAACUCAAGACUCUGGCCAAGACCUACCUGGCGAGAAACAUGAGUGAACGCAGCGCCCUGGCAGCCGUGCUGACCAUGCGUGACCUGUGCCGCCUCCUCGAGGUGUCCCCGGGCCCCCAGCUGGCCCCGCACGUCCACUCCUUCAGCAGCCUGCAGUGCUUUGCGUCCCUGCAGCCCCUGGUGCGGGCGGCUGUCCUGCCCCGGGCUGAGGCCCGCCUGCUGGCCCUCCACCUGGUCAGCUUCAAGGAGCUGCUGACCGCACACCGCCAUGACCCGCAGGGGGGCCUGAAGAAGUACAACCGCUUCCUGAGCCUACAGACCCACUCGUUGCCCGCAAGCCAGCCUGCACUCAACCUGCAGGCUCUGGGCACCUACUUCGAAGGCCUGCUGGAAGGGCCGGCCUCAGCGGGGGCAGAAGGCAUUGCUACCCCCUCUGGCUGGCCAUAGCUUGGCAGAAAGGGCUUCCCAGCAGAGCUGAGAGGAAGGGAUGACUGGCUCAGACCCUUCUGGGGACAGAGAGGGAUGGGAUCCCUGAGCCAGGCCCUGCCCAUCACAGCAUUCCCAGGUCCUGGUCCCCAGUUCUCCUUUGUCAUUUGGUCCAGAAUCAGUUUCCUUCUCUGGGACCAAAUUCCUCUUCUCUAAAAAUCCCACAGAGAAGGUUCCAAGGCCAAGCAGCCACCUGCCAAGCAGCCACCGCACGGAUCCCUGUGCGGCCCUGGGAGCACGGGAAAGUUAGCUCACCAGACCCCUGGCCCCUCUCCUCCAGGUGCCAGAACCAGGGAGGCCCCUGGUGAAGAAGGCCUGGCCGCUGGGCUCUCGAAGUGGCCCCCGUAUUGCCCCAGCCACCCGAUUCCCACUCCCAAGGGUGUCCUUGCCGCUCCUCCCUGACCCCUGGCCGUGGCCCCAGGGGGGACCUUCUGACAGCACCCACAGACACUGCCUGCAACACCAGUGGUCCCACGGGUACAUAAGUGCCUUUCAAACCAAACCACCCCUUAGGGAUUUGGGUUCUCCUAGCUUUUGCCUGCCCGGAGGACAGCUCUGUUCACCUCCCCUCUGGAGUAUUUUCACCCACAAAGGGCCUCCUCUCAGCAGAGACAGGGGCUGCUGCUCCAUGCCUGUCCGUGCUUCCAGACUGUGACCCUUCCAAGCCUGCUUCCCUCCUCCUGCCCACACAGAUGCCUCCCCUUAGUCGAGGCUUUGCCCUUCACGUUCUCUGCACUGUCCCCGGCCCCCAGCCCUCCUGAGGUGUGUCCUCCAACCCAGCGCCGCUUUCAGUGGACUCCAGGGACCCACAGCAUUGGAAUCUCCCAGCAAGCUGCUUUAGUGCAUUCUCCAGACAAUUCUGAUGCCUGCCAAGUUUCAGAACCAUUGCUCUGAUAGACUGCUCCUCCAGGGAGAAGCAGAGAAGGUCCUGGCCCUGGCCCUGACUGUGUACAUUGAGUGGAACCCAGGGAAGGGCCCCUUCCUGAGCCCGCACAUCCCCACCUAUAAAAUGGGCUGGUUAGCCAGCAUGGUCCUAGAGCUCGCAUCCAGCUCUGCCAUUCUGGGGUUUUAGGAAUGGACAGCAGGCCUCUGAGGCAAUGGUCAAGGAGGUUUUCAUUCUUGAACCCUUGGUCCCAGCCCUAAGCUAAGGUCCCCAACCUUGUGGCCACACUAGAGGUCAGCAGCAGAACACAGGCAGGUCAGGCCAGUCUCGUCUGACUAGCAGAACCACUGUUCCUUCCCCUCUGCCCCUCUCCCAUCCCUCUUCCUUGGCCCCCUGAUACUGGGAUGCCUCCAUGGCUUCAGCUUUCACGUGGGUGAAGGCUUUGCACCCACACCCCUGCCCCCAUCCAGCGGGGGGCCCCUGAAGACCCACUGAGGGAUCACACAGGAACGUGCCGCCACGUUGAGAGUGCUGGCUCUAACAGUGAACUCUGAUGCAUUUCAAAUAAGAUUCCGAUUUAAAGUAGGCGCUGGCUCUGAAGCUCAGUAAAACAGGCUGGUGGGUGAGGGGAGGAGGGGGCUGGAGCCUCAGUCUGGCUGUGAUGACCAUCUUGGCAACAGCAAGGCAGCGCUUGGACCACUCCUCACAGCAUCUUCCCCUCAGCCCCACCUCGGGACUGAGCCUGCCAAGCCCAGCCUCACAAUGCUUUCUACCUUCAGAUGGAGUUGAUCACAGGUUUUACAGCAAAGGGCUGUUCUGCCCUCUCUCCACUGUCACAGCCUCUAAUAAAGAUGUGAAUCGUCAAAGCCUGAUGCACCAAUCACAAACUCUGCUCAACCCACCCCAGGAGCCACUGAGCAGCCUCUUGCCUGGCGAAGGGGCACUUGCUGGCAUAGCUGUUCUUUGUGGGGUGUCUUUCAGGACUUAGCAGAGCUGAGAGGCCCUUGUUGCUCAGGUAUGGGCCUCAAGGAUAAGAAACCCCAUUCCAAGUGGGCAGACCAGGGUGGGCCUGUCUGGGAUCAUGUCCAAAGCGGGGAGCCACCUGGAGGGAAAGAAGCACCAACUUCAAGAAUUACCCCCUAGAGGGAGUCAGGGACCAGAGACCAGGGUCUGUAGGAACUUUACCUCUGCUGGAAAAUCCUGUACCCUGGUUGUCACAGAUGGAGUUCUCAUUAGUGCCUGCAGGGAUUCCCCUGGCACAGGCAGUGUAGGAAUUAGCAACCCCCCUGGCCUGGGUGACGAGCCAGGUAAUGUGAUUUGAGCAGUGCCACUGCCCUUAGCCCCACCUACCUGUCCCAGGUGCCCAAAUUCCAGUGCUGGAGUUUUAGCGUCUAAUUGCAAAUCCAAAUAUGUCUCUUGUGCUUCAUCUUUGAAUUCUAUCUCAGGUUUAUCCAUGUCAACUAACCACAAGCUUGCUGGGCUAGAAGUCAGGACGCUGAGUUUCAAUCCUCACUUAGUUGCCUCUGACUCUAGUCUGGUGCAUCAAACUUGUCGAUGCUUAGGCUCUGACUCUGUAAAAUGGUAUAAUAUGGGUUGUUUUUACCUCAUAGGAUCUUGUGUGAACCAAUGAGAAAAUGUUUCUGAAAGUAGCCUUUUAAUGUGUGAAGAACCACACAAAUGUAAGAUCUUAUUUUACUGACAACAAAGAUGACAGUGUUAUUGCUUUAUAAGUUAUAGAAAAAUAAACAGAUAUUGGAUCUUA